UCGCAGUACCAGGCAACUGAAAAAGAAAGAGGCUCUAAAUUUGCUCAAGUGCGCGCGCGCCAAGCUUAUUAUAUAAUGGAGCUCGAAUCCAACCCAGCAAAGAAGUGUGCCAAGGCCAAGGGAGAAGAAGCAUCAUCCGAGGAGGACCGGCUGAGCGGCCUCCCCGACGACGUCCUCCACUCCAUCCUCGGCGUGCUUCGGCUGAAGCACGCCGUCCGCACCAGCGCCCUCUCCACGAGGUGGGCGCACAAAUGGCUCCACGCGCUCGCCGCGUCGGCGGUCCUCGACUUCACCGACCGCGACUUGGUCCGCGGCCAGUCACCGGCGCAGAUCACGGCCACGGUGGACCGCGUCCUCGCGAUCCACGGCGCGGCGCCCAUCCACGUGCUCCGCGUGGUGCUGUCCCCGCCCGACGCGCUCGGGCGGGAUGUCGUCGUCGGGUGGGUCGCGGCCGCCCUGGGGAGGGGCGCAAGGGAGGUCGGGGUGGACCUGGUGCGGCGUGGCGUCCUGGACGACGGCGACGGCCGCGUGUCACUCUUGCAGCUUCCUGGGGGCCUGUUCCAGGUCGAGAACUCGCUGUCGGUGCUUAGCCUGGGCCGGUGCAGCCUCCGCGACGUCCCGCCCGGCGCGGCGGGGCUCGCCGGCCUGACAUCCCUCUCCCUCGACCGCGUCGACGUCACCGACGAUGAUGUCCGGGACGUGGUCUCGGAGUGCCGGCUGCUCGAGUUCCUGAGCCUGAGGAGCUGCCACCUCCUCGUGUCGGUGAGGGUCGCCGGCGAGAGGCUGCGGGGCCUGGAGAUCGUGGGCUGCCUGUCCAUGCGCCAUCUGCGGGUGGCCGCACCCGCGCUCGAGUCGUUCGCAUACCAUGGCGAAGUCCUCUACCGCAGAGACGACGACUACGAGACCUAUCUCGUCGAGUUCAUCGGCAAAGACAACACAAGGAGGACGCUGUCGGAUGCGGUCACGCCGGAGCUACGAGACGCGUACCUGUCCCACCUCGGCUUGGGCGGAUACCACGAGGUGAUUCACGAGUUCGCCUACUCAGGCUUCUUGGAGGAGGUCGCCCAUGCCAGGAUUUUGACACUUUGCUCCGUGGGCUUACUGCACAUCGAAGAAACCCGAAUCUUUUACGAGCUCACUAUGGAUACCCCGAACCUAGAAGAAGUGCAGCUGCUUAUGGACACCAUGAGCGACGGCGAUGUCAGUCGUUUCUGUGGCUUCUUCGGUCUCACCGAACCGCCCCUCCUCGAGCGACUCUUCGUCCGGCUCCCAUCCGCCGCUUGCGAGGACACUACUGAAGAUACCUGCAGCGGCACGAUUGCAACGGGCGAGGACGCGGAUAUUGUACUCGACUACGAGAUCGCUCUCGACCAUCUGACGUUCAUCAAGGUGAUCAACUUCCGGGGGACGACGCGCGAGCUGAGGCUGCUCAGGUUCCUCCUGCGCAGGGCUCCUGUCCUCGAGCAGCUGGUGCUCGUCAUCCCUGAAGGAAACGAGGGCACUCCGGGAGACCAUGACCAACAGAAGAAACUCAGCCUGCUCCUUAAGAUCGUCCAAAAACACGUGACAGAGAUCAGGAAGGCGUGGCUGUGGCAAGACGCCCACGUCACCGUGUGCCAGCCGAGGGAGGACGAUAGCCGGAGCCCUGCGCACACCAAGUACUACCACGAGGAUUAGGCACGCCUUCCUGAACGGAUUACGCAAAACAAAACAUCAGCAUCUAAUCUAAUUUCAAUACAAACAGCCAGAGAUAUAGAGACCUAAUACUCAGUCUCGCUCGUGUGGUCUUUGUUAGGUUCAGUUCAGUUAAGCAUGUCGCUGGGUUCAGUUAGCUGUAUUUUCUUUCCGGUUUCUACAGUUAGCAAAUUAUACCGGGCCGUCAUGGCUUCGUGGGAUGCAUGAGCUCAGCGAUUGUCAGCAGCCCAAUACUCAACUCACUCAAUCUGGCAAUUGUACAAGAAUUUGGUGAACAAUUUCAGAUACAGGAUAACUGGCAAGACGGAGAAAGGGAUGAGCGAGGUAUCGAUGGUUGACUGGAUGAUCAAAGGGGGACAACAAUAACCUCAUAUUCAUAAGGAGGAGUUAAUGGCAUCCGCAGUCACAUAACUUGUCUCGCAUGUGCAAACAUGUUGCAAAAUAAACUAACCGAUCACAC